AAGAGGAAAGUAAAGGUGAUGAGACAGCACCACAUUUAAAAAAUGACAUGGCACCGAAAGAGAGUAAAACUAGUAAAAUCCUUUGGUAUUAUUUUCAUUGGCAGUUUUGGUAUGUUAUUGUAAUCCUUGCCUUUUCACCAUUGAUUUUGGCAUUCGGUUUGGCAACCAUCGCUUGUGGAACAAGGAGCCAAGAGUUUUUAAGGAAGAUUCAUCGUCCGUUAACGCCUCCUAUCGAAGAUAAAAAUUUAGAACCAAUAAUAUUUCCAACAUUAAAGGAACUAGAUGUGAAAAUAAGCGUUACUUAUUCAUGGCAAAAGAUAACCAAAGCUAACACCACCUUAUUUGUUUAUAGUAAUAAGGUAUAUGAUUUAGGAAACUAUCUUGAUCCUUCAAAUGAGGAUAAGUUGCUUGGAGAUGAUAGCGUUACAGAAUGGCUUCGAGGUCUCCUCGGAGACGUUGAAGGAACAACCAUCGGAUGUUUCGCGAAUAAAGAUGAUACGACAUCACACCUUUUGUUAUUAGUCACGUGUUAUUCGGAAGGUGAACAUUCAAUGCACACAACACUUGAUUCAUUGACCAGUACGGAUUAUUCUGACAAGCAAAAAUUAUUAAUGGUAAUCGCUGGUGGUGACAUAACCGGAUCAGAUAACGAUAAAACAACUCCGGAGAUAUGCGAGGAUUUAAUUGAACCAUUCAAUUUAUCUAGUUUCGAGUCUCCGACACCACAGUCAUAUUUAGCCGUAGGAGAAGAUGGCACACCAGAAGAAUGA